UCGGAGGCGCCACUGGCUCGCCGGCAGGAAGAGAGGGCACAUCUCCAAGUCCGCGGCGUCUUCUCCCGUGCUCCGCGACGGCGACGGCGACGGCGAGGGGAGGAGGAGAUGAAGCUGAAGCAGCUGGAGGGCCUCCUGGGGGGCCUGACCCAGUUCUCCGACCCCAAGGUGGAGCUGGAGCAGUACGCGACGGGCCCCCACAUCGCGUCGAGGAUGCUCUACACGGCGGAGAACAGCUUCGAUGACAUAACUGGUAAGGUGGUGGCUGAUUUUGGGUGCGGCUGUGGUACCCUGGCCAUCGCGAGUGCUCUGCUGGAUGCUGAGCAUGUCACUGGUAUUGAUAUUGACCUCCAGUCCCUUGAACUUGCUCAAGAAAAUGCUACUGAUCUGGAGCUGGAUAUCGACUUAAUUCAGUGUGACAUAAAGAACUUAAAUUUAAAAGGCCUUCUUGUUGACACUGUUGUCAUGAAUCCUCCCUUUGGGACAAAAAGAAAAGGAGCUGACAUGGAAUUCCUUUCUAUGGGCUUGAAGGUUGCAUCUCAAGCAGUGUAUUCUCUACACAAGACUUCCACGAGAGAAUACAUCAAGAAGGCAGCCUUGCGUAACUGCAACGCAAUCAGUGCUGAAGUUCUGUGUGAGCUUCGCUACGAUCUACCACGGACCUACAGGUUCCACAAACAGAAGGAGCUUGACAUCGCAGUCGAUCUGUGGCGCUUCGUCCCACGAGCUCCAGACGAAAGAGCAAGCUAGCGGCCUAGCAUGACGUAGUGGCAACAUAACGAGAUUGUGACAUCGCGCCUGGUUUAACCACCACCACGGCACGAUGGCUGGACUUGCCAGGAGAAGAAGACGUUGGCAUGGGGCGAUUUACACAUGUUGCUCCCCUUGUGAGCGGCAGGCAAACCCCGGUGGUUUAGCAGCCAUACCCUGGGUAGCGAUGGAACUUUACAGCACCUUGCCAGGGUUGGCUGGCGUUCUCUCUGUACCAGUACUUCCUUCAGUGUAUGAUCUUGUUUUUGUCAUGCUGGAUAUCCGGCCUGAGGAAAAACAGCGUCGAAUUCAAAGUUAAGCCCCGUGGUCGGCGACAGAUCGCCUCUGCGCCCACCUCUGGUCUUUCAAAGUCCUGUUUCAAUUCA